UCCUCCGCAAACUUUCCUUUAGGCGACCGGAUGAGCGACUAUACCUUGGACAGCGCGCGUGCGUGUGUAUGUGUGUGCGCGUGCGAGAGUGUGUGCAUUCGGAUCACACAAACGGACCGGACCAGACGUGCCCGCGGCGCGCGCGCGCUCUGGAAUUAGGAGGCGCGCGGAGUGAAAUGAUGCUUUUACGCAGCGCGCGUGUUUAGACUUUCUGUUGUUGUGUGUUUGUUUUUGUUUUUGUUUACUCUCUGUUCUGCACGGUGGAGCUGGGUCACCUGGAGCCGGAUCACCUGCUUUACACACAACCUACAGAAGAGAAACUUUCUCACUUAUUCGGUGUUUUUAUUUUUUAAUGCUUUGAGACAAACUUUCAUUCUUUACAGGUCCUGAAAGAUCCCAAAAGAAGAUGCGAGAACAUUCACUGGAAGCCUUAACAGCCUAUAAAAUAAAAAACCUAAACAUCUAAACAAACAGCACACUCACUACACCUAAACAUGGCUGUACUUCCAGUAAGGAUCCAUUCGUCUGUCAUGGUUCCCCUCGUUCUCCCCGUGAUGGCCGUCCUCCUGCUCGUCCAGGCCAGCCCGAGAUACGUCCCCGCGCUCCCCGGCGCCAAACGUGAGAUCAUCCUGGAUGGUGACCUGGUGAUCGGUGGCCUGUUCCCCGUCCACGAGAAAGGCGAGGGCACACAGGACUGCGGUAAGAUCAACGAGCAGCGUGGGAUUCAGCGCCUGGAGGCAAUGCUCCUGGCUCUUGAUGAGAUCAACCAAGAUAACCGCAUCCUACCAGGCCUCAAACUGGGCGCACACAUCCUAGACACCUGCUCCAAGGACACUUAUGCGCUCGAGCAGUCGCUGGAGUUCGUCCGCACGUCGCUCACCAAAGUGCACCAACCUGGGUUCAUCUGCCCUGACGGAUCCAACCCCGUGCCAGACGAGGCGCCACUGGCUAUAUCCGGAGUGAUCGGGGGAUCAUAUAGUGAUGUCUCCAUACAGGUGGCCAACCUGCUGCGCCUCUUCCAGAUCCCUCAGAUCAGCUAUGCCUCCACUAGUGCGAAGCUGAGCGACAAAUCCCGCUAUGACUACUUUGCUCGAACUGUCCCACCAGACUUCUACCAGGCAAAAGCCAUAGCUGAGAUCCUGCGCUACUUUAACUGGACCUACGUAUCAACAGUGGCCUCAGAGGGUGACUAUGGUGAGACAGGUAUUGAUGCUUUCCAGCAGGAAGCGCGCGUGCGCCAGAUCUGCAUCGCCACUUCAGUGAAAGUCAGCCGGUCCAUGAACCGGGGCAACUACGAGACCGUGAUUCGCUCACUGCAGCAGAAGGCCAAUGCCAAAGUGGUGAUCCUGUUCACGCGCAGCGAGGACGCCAGAGAGCUUCUGGUUGCAGCAGCACGCAUGAACGUUACCUUUAUCUGGGUGGCAAGUGAUGGCUGGGGGGCACAGGAGAGUGUGGUGCAAGGCAGUGAGAAAGCGGCGAACGGCGCCUUCACCAUCGAGCUCUCCUCCUACGCCAUCCGCGAGUUUGAGGACUACUUUACCAAACUCACGCCAGAGCUCAACACACGCAACCCCUGGUUCAGGGAAUUCUGGGAGCACAAGUUUGGGUGUCGGCUGCAUGAACCAGGCUGCGCCAGACACAGCCUGAGGGAUGGCUCAUUCAAGCAGGAGUCAAAGAUCAUGUUCGUCGUGAACGCCGUCUACGCAAUGGCACACGCACUGCAUAACAUGCGGCAGGCUGUCUGCCCCAACACCACACGAGUGUGCGAUGCCAUGAAGCCUGGCAACGGCAAAAGGUUCUACCGUGAGUUCAUCCUCAAGACCAAGUUUGAUGCUCCGUUUAGACCCGCUGACACAGAGAAUGUGGUGCGCUUCACCUCUUUGGGCGACAGCUUGGGCCGCUACAACAUUUUCCAUUUUCAGCAAGAAAACGGAAGGUAUGCCUACAGGAAGGUGGGGUACUGGGCCCAAAGUUUGGUACUUAACACCAGUAUUUUACACUGGACUGGAGGAGCGGUCCCCACUUCCCAGUGCAGUGAUCCAUGCCACCCGAACGAGGCCAAGAGCAUGCAACCCGGGGAUGUUUGCUGCUGGAUCUGCAUCCCCUGCCAAGCCCAUCAGUAUCUUCUAGAUGAGUUCACCUGUGAGGACUGCGGCUUCGGGGAGUGGCCUUUGGCCAACCUGACUGGCUGCUACGAGCUUCCAGAAGAAUACAUCCACUGGUCAGAUGCCUGGGCUGUAGGACCCGUGACCAUCGCCUGUCUGGGGAUGAUGUGUACCCUGGCUGUGGCUGGAGUUUUUCUACGAAACAACGACACUCCAGUGGUGAAGGCUAGCGGCCGUGAGCUGUCCUACAUCCUCCUCUUGGGGGUUCUCUUGUGCUAUGCCAUGACCUUCAUCUACAUUGCCAAGCCGUCCACAGUUGUCUGUGCCCUGCGACGUCUUGGCCUCGGCACCUCGUUUGCCGUUUGCUACUCUGCCUUGCUUACCAAGACCAAUCGGAUUGCGAGGAUCUUUGGUGGAGUACGAGACGGCGCCCAGAGGCCUCGAUUCAUCAGCCCCGCCUCACAAGUGGCCAUCUGUGGUGUGCUAAUCUCUGCCCAGCUCUUGGUGGCAUUGGUGUGGCUCCUGGUGGAGGCACCGGGUGUCAGGAAGGAAUGGAGUCCCGAGAGGCGUGACAUGGUGACUCUGAAGUGCAACAGUCCAGAUUCCAGCAUGCUGGUUUCACUGACCUACAACUGCAUCCUCAUCGUCCUGUGCACGUUUUAUGCCUUCAAGACCAGGAAGUGCCCUGAGAACUUCAACGAGGCCAAGUUCAUCGGGUUCACCAUGUACACCACAUGCAUCAUCUGGCUGGCCUUUCAGCCCAUCUUCUAUGUCACCGCAAGUGACUACAGGGUCCAGACCACCACCAUGUGCAUCUCAGUGAGCCUGAGCGGCUCGGUGGUCCUCGGCUGCCUCUUCGCCCCCAAGAUACACAUCAUACUGUUUCAGCCGCAGAAGAACGUGACGACGCUGAGGGCCAAGGACAACCGGUUCGCCGUGGCCGCUACGGCACCCAGCUCCACCUACUCACACGCCUCAGCCGCGACGGUAGUUCCCACCGUGUGCAACGGGCGAGAGGUAGUCGACUCUACGACGUCGUCGUUGUGAAGGAACGGGCGAAGCUCGCGGCCGCGCACGACUACGUACGACUACACCAUCUCCAGUGAUGUCAUGAAUAAAUCUUUUAUCGAUGCCUCUUCCACCAAGGGUGCUUCAGUCAUCCAUUUCAAGCACUGACAUUCUAUUACACAAAUACUUGACUAUACAAGAGUUCAAUAAUUAUAAUACAAAUCCUGUAAAUGUGACUGGAAACGACGUGCCAGUAUGAACUAGUGAGUAGUUUUGUUGCCAGAUGAUGUUAUAUUUGUAAGGUACAAAGCUUCAGUGGCAACUAACCUGUGAACGUUUGAAGCUGGGAAUUGAUUUAGUAUGGACAUGAACUGUAAAAAUUAUAAAACAGAAAGUUGGGAAGUGUGUUUAACACGACUUUGUCGACAUGCCCUCACCGGUCAGUAGCUGCAAAAUUAUUCCAAUUUCUUAUGUGUAUAUUUUCAGUUUUAACUUCCAGUUACAUUAAAUAACACCUCCGCCUGGCCCGAAAAUAUCUCCGCUGGCAUUUAAAUAGCCAUUUUUUUAAUUCAGUUGUAUAAUUACGGCACUUCAGCUGCAAAAACUCUAACUGAUGAAGUGUCUCCGUUCUUAAACAGCCAUGUCCCAUGUCCCGUGAUGCAGACCUACAUCAAGCAAAGAAAACAACUAAGGAGAUUAAGUUGAAAUGACCGGAGCUGAGUUGAAAACUGUCCAAUAUAUUAUUUUAAAUUCAAGAAAGAAAUGUAGAAAUGUGAUCAGAAAAAAAAAAUCAUGAAUGAGUGCGAUCAGACAUCACGUAAACGCUAGGUGUAGUUACACUGUAAAAAAAAAAUGUCCAGUAGAAAUCUGACCAAUAUUUAAUGGUG